AUGCUCCUGGUCACGAUGUCCACCAAUCCGCCGCCGCAUCGCCAUCUGAACACCACCUAUGAGGAAGAGGCUAUUGGAGCAGUUUUUGGAGCAGACAAGUUGCUUCACCUAGCCGAACCUGACCCGGAAAGUGUUCUCAAAAAGAUACCGGAGUUUUUGUUUGUGCACUCCGCCUGUCAUGGCGCAUCGAUCAACAACGACCCGAACAGGAGUGGGCUUUUACUCGUUAAGGACGGAAAGCCUGCAGAUCUGACGGUUGCCAAUCUUGAGGACAUUGAGCUUAAAGAGGGCUCCGUAGCUUAUCUUUCAGCAUGCUCCACAGCCCAGCAAACAGAUAGCAAGCUUGCCGGGGAGGCCAUCCAUCUGGCCAACUCUUUCCAGGCGUUGGGCUUCCAGCACGUUAUCGGGACCAUGUGGGGAGCAGACGACGCUGCAGCUGGGGAGGUAGCGAAGAGGUUCUAUGAGAAGCUCAUGUCACCCACAGAAAAAGGUAUGAGAGACGGCCAGCUGAAUGUUGCGACUGCGCUGCACGAGGCCGUCAAGGAGUACAGAUUGGCAUCUCCGGGGCAGAACAGCGUGCUUAAGUAG